CGGACUUUAGUACUUUGGCACGUUGUCUGCUGUCAGCGAACGAUAACGUGACUUUGUCUCGUAUCAUCAACUACCUGCAUCAGUCUGGAGUAGUUAUCGAAGCAAGGCAACAUGGCGUUAGGAACGGCUGUGCUGUUUGUGGCGUGUCUAGCUGCAGUCCAAUGUCAGCGGUACGAUCCUCUGUACAAAGAGUUGAUGUCACGAGAGGCACAACACACCAUCCCUGUCGACGGCAAGGACGAAACACUGAACGUGACAAUAAACUUGACCCUGCUGAAGUUCACCUCGCUGAAUCUGAGGACAGGGGACGCUGUGCUGGACACGUGGGUCCACUAUGAGUGGGAGGACAGCAGGCUGGCAUGGGACCCCUCGGACUACAAGGGAAUUACACUGAUGAACCUUCCUCCUUCCAAUAUAUGGACCCCUGACAUUGUUCCCUACCGGGGACAUACAGUCGUCACUGAUGUGCCCGCGGUUGUACGCCAUAGCGGACUUGUGUACUACAUACCCCCAACCAUCAUCAAGACACGAUGUGACGUAUCGAGCUACACCACCGACGGCACCGUGAGGUGUAGCCUGAAGAUUGGAUCGUGGACGUAUAAUGGCAACAUUUUGGACGUUCAGAACAAAGGCCUGGAGAUCGACGUCUCUGAGUACCACCACGAUGGCCAGUGGGACAUCACCGAGCAUUCCAUGCAAAGAAGUGUUACCUUUUACCAAUGCUGCCCCGAACCAUACCCUGCUAUCAUGGCUUCAGUGACAUUGAAAGCUAAAAGACAUGGUCUGUUGGGCUGGAGUUUGUUUCAUUGAAAAGGUUGUAGUAGUUUAUAAAGAAGACAUGAAUCAGAUUAGAAACCUGAUACCAUUUCAAAUUAUACGUACUCGAACCGUUUUAGGAAUUUAUUGGAGAAUACGUUUAACAAGGUGUAUCUGACUGGACUUUGUUGUUAUAUUCCGAUUAACGUAAUUCCCACUUACAUGAAUAAGUAAGUUAUUGAUAAUUUCCGCUCGGAAAAGUGUACAAUCAGCAGAUUAAAGAAACAAUAAUAAAGUCAUUUGCAUGGA